UACAACAUCCUAUUUCACGUCCGCGUACAUCUCCCUCCCAACAUACGCACGCACCUACUCACUCUCAAGCUCGCUAAUUGUACACACGAUUUCGAUCCCUCGUAUACGCUUAUUGCUUUAACUCGCCGAAUUAGCAACAUUCUCGAGAUUUUUCUGCGCGGCGGUUGCAAUUAUUGGAGUUGCUGCUAGGGUUUCGUAGCUCAUAGCUAUAAGGAAUUUGCUAAUCUUCGAUCUCCAGAAGCUACUUAUGGAUGAAUAUGGGCCUUAUGACAGUAGCGGAACUGAUGAUGAUUUCCCCCCACCACAUCAAAAUAGAAUGUCAAGAGGAGGUUGCAUUUCUGGUAAUGGAAGGCCUGCUGCUGUGGGUUCAAUGCCAUAUACCAGGAUGUAUGAAGAGAAUGAUAUGGAAGCUAAAAUUCACCAGCUUGAGCAAGAAGCAUACAGUUCAGUUCUAAGAGCCUUUAAAGCUCAAGCUGAUGCCAUUUCUUGGGAGAAGGAAGGUUUAAUUACUGAGCUUAGGAAAGAAUUAAGAUUAUCAAAUGAAGAGCACAGGGACCUUCUAAACAGGGUCAAUGCAGAUGAAACAAUUCGAAGAAUAAGGGAAUGGAAACAGUCAGGUGUUGCUGUGCACAAUGCUACUCAAGCCAGCCGUGAACCAGUACCUAGUCCAUCCAUCUCAGCUUCUCGAAAGAAGCAGAAGAUAGGUUCCUCAAUACCUUCUCAGUCCUUUGGUGGGCCAACUCCUUCUUUCCACCCUCAAUCAAUGGGUGCAGCUAACCAGCCAUCUUCAUCAGCAGCAAAGCGUGGACCCAUGAUGGGUGCGAAAGGCAAAAAGCAUAAAUCAAUGCCUCCUGGUGCAUCUUCAAUGAAAAUGCAGUAUCCUUCCGGUCCAGCUGGAAGAGGUCAAUUUAGUAACCGUAUUGCUGGUGGCCUUGCAACUGAACCUGUAGAAGGAACAUCAUUUGAUUCGUUGAUCGGAAGGAAAGUCAGGACUAGAUGGCCUGAUGAUAAUAACUUCUAUGAAGCUGUUAUAACUAAUUAUAAUCCUAUUGAGGGACGACAUUGUCUUGUUUACGAUCUAGGUACUAAUCAUGAGACAAUAGAGUGGGUUGACCUUACUGAGAUUUCUCCGAAUGACAUACAGUGGGAAGGUGAAGACCCUGGAAUUUCUCACCAUGGAGGUUAUGGCGGACCAGGUCAUGGACCGAAUAGACAUCUUGGGCGGGAUAGUGCUCCAGGUGCUGGAAGAGGACGGACAAUGGUGAAAGGUCAAUCCAAGAAGGACUUCCAACCAUCACAGAAUGGCAUCGGAAAGAAGGGACCAGGUGACAUUCAGUUGCUUCACACCGAUACUCUAAUUAAGGAGGUAGAGAGAGUUUUUAGUUCUAAUCAUCCAGACCCUGUAGAGAUAGAGAAGGCAAAGAAAGUGCUCAAGGAGCAUGAACAAUCUCUUACUGAGGCAAUUGCAUGGCUUGGUGAUUUAUCUGAUGGUGAAAGUGAUGAGGGUGGCCGUUUUUCACAUGCACAAGGAAUGGAUAGGGAAUGACAAACAUCAUUGAAAUUAUUGGCGAUAUGGAUAGAAAAGAUAUAUAGUGAAUUGCCCGCUAGUGCUGGCGACAAAGGUCUUUUUCUAACUGUUAUGCAUCAACAUGGUAAAGUUCCAGCUUUGACGUUAGGAUUUUGUUGUACAAUUCCAUAAUUCAGCUAAGCUUCCUAACAUUUGUUUCAUUGUAGCUUAGGCAAAAGCCACAUAGCAGGUCGGUUGCCCCUUCAUUAAUUGGAUAGUGCAAGCGUGCGUAUAUGUUCAUUAAUAGUUGGCAUUAAGGUGUAGUCAUGUAAAAAAAUUGUGUUCAUGUUGAGUUUUAGCUUCUCUUAUUUAAAAAUUUUGGCAUCGACAAUGAUGGGCCGUUAUUGAAUAAUAGCCAAAAGGCAUAGAUAGUGUUAAUUAUAUAUGCCGGCCUUGUAUGAUGUUUUCAAGCCACUUAUCGUAUCUGAAUGCAUGGCUAGUGAAGGGUGGCUGCUGCAGAAUGCUACUGUUGAUUUGUCA